CGAGGGGAGAUCCCGUGCCCUCCACACGGUUUCCCGUCCAAUUUGGGAUUUUUCCGGCGCUUCGACGAUAUUUUUCUUUUUUUGUUUUGGAUUUUCCUUUUUUUUUUUCCCUCCCCAAGAUCAAUUUAUUGGUGCUCAAAUGGACUCCAGAAGGAUUUUCAGCGAGUCAUUGUGCUCCGACGAUACUUUUGCUCCACAAGGCAUUGAACGGUGCCCAUUUUUGAGAAACAUAAAUGAACCCACUAAUUUUUCCUUCUCAUCAGCCAAUUUUCUUCCUCCUGUACGGGGAGCCAAAGGUCCAAUCUUUGAAGAUGGACCCAACUUCGAAAUGGCGUUCAGGCUUUUCCAUGGAAGAGAUGGAGUCGUUCCACUUUCAGGAAGAUCUUUUACACGUACAGACAUUUCAGAAACCGACACUGUGCCCCAAUUUAAUCCCCUUGCGGCAAAAGCUGCGACUAUUAGUCUCUCGGCUUUUGGACCUGGAGGGCCUUUCAACUUUGAUUCUUUCUCCAACAAGUGGAAGAAGCUAAAUAAGAAAUCAUCCAAUCAUGAGUCAUCUUCUCGGAGAGGAGGCGAUCAGAUCCACGAGUCACUAAGCAACGAGUGGCUUGAGACCGGACAGUGCCCUAUUGCAAAAUCAUACCGUGCAGUGAGUGGCAUCCUUCCCCUUGUUGCAAAGGUUAUAAAGCCGCCGCCUGGCAUGAAGUUCCACUGCCCUCCAGCUGUCGUGGCUGCCCGUGCAGCUCUAGCGAGGACUGCCCUCGUGAAGAACCUCCGCCCCCAACCCUUACCAGCGAAGAUGCUCGCCAUUGCGUUGCUCGGCAUGUCAGUGAAUGUCCCUCUCGGCAUUUGGCGAGAACACACUGAGAAAUUCUCUCCUCAGUGGUUUGCGGCAGUCCAUGCAGCGGUCCCGUUCAUUGCGAUGCUGAGGAAGUCUGUGCUAAUGCCGAAGACUGCCAUGGCUUUUACUAUAGCUGCCUCGAUUUUAGGUCAGACGAUUGGAUCGAGAGCUGAACGACUUAGAUUGAAGGCGAAGGCAACAGGGGUGGAUGGAGAAAAGGGUUCAGUUUCUGUUACUCGUAAGGUUACCGAUGGUUCGAAGAAGAGUAGGAAUUGUGGUGGCGGUGGCGGUGGCGGUGGCGGUGGUGGGAGGGUUUGGGAGCCGCUUCCCCUGAAGGUGGAGAUUGUGGGCUCAGCCGCUGUUGCCCAACCGGCUAGCGUAUAUUGCUAAUGAUGAUUGUGUGUGUGUGUGUGUGUGUUAUUAAUUCAUUCACAUGUUAAAGACUGGUUUGGGUAUGAUUUGCAUUGUUGGUUUUGUCCAGGGUUUUGGUUUUUCCAGAAAUCAAUUUCCCAAUUCAAUAAGACGACAUUAGGGCUAAUAAAUUGUUGCGAGAGCUGCCAUUUAUUGUGCGAAGGUUUAUUUUGGUGUUAUCUUCAAUUCGCAUGAUUUAGAAUAAA